GAAUAUGUCACAUUGGCAAAUAUGGCGGCGUCCACGGUUGCGGCAGAGGCUAUUGCCUCCGACUCGAAAAGUUCUACUUCAGCUGGUCCUAGCGUGGAAAACACACCGAUUCAGUACAGUGUGAUUCUAGAUCAUCUUAUUGGGGACAAGAGGACGGUGAAAGACAUGAACCCCGGCAUCAUGGGGGGACUCCCGGUGCCUCCCAAAAGCGAGGAGCAGAAGAGGAUAGAGAGAGCGAUGGAAAGCUGCGCUUUCAAAUCUCUUUUGGCCUGCGUAGGAGGGUUUGUCCUCGGUGGAGCGUUUGGUGUUUUCACCGCAGGCAUCGACACCAAUGUGGGUUUCGACCCCAAAGACCCGCUGAGAACGCCGACAGCACGGGAGGUCCUCAAAGACAUGGGGCAGAGGGGCAUGUCCUACGCUAAGAAUUUUGCCAUCGUGGGUGCCAUGUUCUCCUGUACGGAGUGCAUCAUAGAAUCGCACAGAGGAAAAUCAGACUGGAAGAAUGCGGUGUACAGCGGCUGUAUAACGGGUGGAGCAAUUGGGUUCCGUGCUGGUCUUAAGGCUGGCGUCCUAGGAUGUGGAGGCUUUGCUGCUUUUUCUGCAGCCAUUGAGUACUACCUGCGGUGAACCCCUGAAGCGACACCACGGACAAGAGUUUGUAUGUAUUACUGAUAUCAUCCCACAGUCCAACAGGAAAUACAGUACAAUGUUACGUCAGGUGCUUUUAUUUUCAAAAUGUGGACAAUGUGGACGCGGGGGUAUGCUGGAGCCUACCCCGGGUGACUUUGGGCAAGAGGCGGGGUACACCCUGGACUGGUGGCCAGCCAAUCCCGGGGCACAUAUAGACAAACAACCAUUCCCACCCACAUUCAUACCUAUGGACAAUUUGGAGUGGCCAAUGAAGCUAACAUGUUUUUUUAUUAUUUUUUUGGGGGGGGGGGGUAGCAUAUGAAAAAAGGCCUCUAAUCUUGUUGGCACAAACGGUAAGAAAGCAGUAAGUUUAGUCACCGGUAGGUGGCAGCAAAGCACCGACUACCUGGUAAAGGAGCGGUUGUAUGCAAAGCUUUAAAUACCAAAUACAAAUUAAAUACCGAAUUGCCAAUAUCGAUGUGUUUUAAUUGAAAUUAUUUAUUAACCAUAUGAUUUUCAUCAACCUGAAAUAGGUUUAAGACCCAUACAGAGACGGUUCAAUAAAAAACACGCAGUCAUAAGUUGAUAUUGUGGUAGACAAUUUAUUUGAAUGUAUUAUCUGCUAUUUGUGUGUUACUGUAUUUGCUAACAAAAUGAUUGAACACUAAGUGAGAGUAGCGUUUCUAUGCAGCAUGGUUUAUAUUUUUAUCAAUCUCUUCCCACCGCAUGAGUCUCUUUGGGUCUGUCAAUGCGGUAGAUGAACUCUGCUGGCAUGAAGUAGCCCAGGUACUCCACGCUGUCAGGUGUGGUGUCUAUGUAGUAGUGGCCACCCUCUCCAUGGUGGCUGAAGAAGUGAGUGUGCUCCACACGCAGGUCCAGUCCCUUCAUAUCAAACACACACAAAUCUAAGACUCGGCAUGGAUAAAGUUAGAAGGAGCCGCCAUGUUCGCGUUUACUCACAGGGUCUUUGGAUACAAGCACAGACUGGCAGAUGAGUGGGGCGUUCACCUCAAAGUGUUUCAGCCAGUUGUUGACGUCUUCGUCGGUGUCCAGCGGACAGACGGAGAACUCUCUCGGCUGACAACAUGCCAUGAUUACGUACGACAGCCAUACAUCUACAGUUGGGACUUAUUGAGUCACAUGGUGGCCAGGAAGUACAAAACACAUACGCUCUGCAUCGUUCCAUUUGUGUGUUUUGUACUUCUCGUCCACCAUAGAGUCAUGCUCCCGACAUCCAAUGCUCACCAUGAUGUGGAUUUUUGCUUUUCCCUUCUGCAUGAUAAAGCUGCCCCCCAUUGCAAGGCUUUUAUCGGGGUACUCCGCUUCCAGAGUCUUUCUCAAGGCCGUCACAAUACUGUCCUGUCCUGUUCUCUUCUUGGCACGGACCUCAAUAACCUGCCAUGUAGGAGAGGAAUGGGGAGGCAGACAUGUCUCAUAUAGGAAAUGGACAAAAAGUGCACUGGUGGUUUGAAAUCAGUCUCAUUACCUUUCCCGGCCUUCCCUCACACGCGUACAGAUUCCCCAGCAUCCCAAAGUUACAGUCGGAGAAUUUCUGGCUGUAUUUUUCUUGCAGACACUGGCCAUCCGCUGGGUUGAUGGAGGCGAGGUAGCUGCUGUUCACCGCCGGCCUUCCCUCGGCUUCAGUUCGAACCAGAGGAAUCAGCUGUGGAAAUAUUCCUUACGUCAGCACCUGCUGGAUUUAACACCUACAGUACGCCAUUGCCACCUCGCCCUGCGACUUUCCCGGCUUCGGUUUAUCAUGGACUGUAUUUUAUGAACAGAAAAAUCAACAACAGGACAUGAAAUUAUCUUAAGCUAAAAGGUAGCAUACAUCUGAAAAUCUAUUGUAUUGGCUAGCAUGCAACAAUUAUUUUCAUUGGUCUAUGAUUCAUUUCUGACAAGUCUGCCGAGCAACAAAUAUGUCAUGUGACCAAAAAAGCGAUAUAAUCGUUGAUCAUAUGCAUCUUUUGUUGUUGUUUUUCUGCUCUAUAGCAUUGCUGUUGAACAAGGACGCACGUUGAUCAGUAAGAGCAAGUAUUGCAGUUCAAUUGCCGGAGGACACAACACUUUUUCACAUUAAAACGCCACUCUAGAUUGCCCGCCUUUUACGUUUACUGCUGGGAUAGGCUCCGGUUUCCAUGGAAACAGGAUUAAAAUACCUGUCCACAUUUGCAUUUGAAAAGUAGGCAAACACACAAAACAUGUUUUGUACACACGCCCAGCGACUGCCAAGCAAACUCAGUGUGGUUUGCAAAUACAAUACAUUAUUCACAGAUGAAUUUAAUGGUUUUGCAAAUAUUAAAUGUACAUAUCCUGCUUCAGGAACAAAUACAGCAUGAACUUCAUUUAUACAAAAACUAUUGUACAACUAUGAAAAACCAUGCACAAAUGCAAACUGUUUAACAGGACAAGUGAAAACACGACUUCAGUUGGUCACAAUAAAUACAUCUCGAUACUAAACUUCCAUUUGCAGCCUUAAAAAGGAGGAGAGUGCAUGAAUUUGUGAAUGAUGUUUUGUAUUUGCACACCACUCUGAAUUUGUUCGUGAAUGGAGUAUAAAACAUGUCGGGCGUGUUUGUGAGGUUUUGGCAUGAAACCCGAACCUGGAAAAAAAAUGUUGCUGCGGUUUUAACUUACCAAAUCAAUCAAAAUGCCCCCAGAGCUGAAUGAUUGAAGAUGCAGGUUGUAUAACCAUUUGACGGGUGUUGUUUAACGUGCAUAUACCUCUGCGUUCAUCCCCACAACCCGAGAGGAAACAGCUCCUGCACCGAGCAUGAACGCUCCUGGAAGCUCCAGCUCCUUCGCUAUGGCAUUCAUGUCAUAUUCCUUGGAAGAGGAUAAGACAGAACGUCAUGGUAAUACGAAGGAGGAGCAUCGGGUGCGGUAUACUGCGUUGCAAAAAAAUACCUUGUGUUUUUGAACCACAGGUACCAGGUAAGGUACUCCUCCCACAUCUGUGACUCGAGGACUUCCACACAAACCUAAAGAACACAUGUGGAGGAAUGCCUCUUUUGGUUUUCUAAUUGCUCUCUUAUACAUUUGCACACUGCAAUUGACAGGAAGUGGGACAGCACAUUCAUGAUGGCCGACAGGGGCACCGUGCAGCACCCUUUGGAAGCCUGGCUUAUCUCCGUUUCGGUCUGUGAACUUGUAG